AUGAGCAACGCAGCAUCUUCUGCCUCGUCUUCCAUCUCGGAGGCAGCUUCCAAAACUUACAGUGCGAUCAAGGAUGUGGCGCCAGGACCCAAGAAAGCGGCUUCAACGCCAACCCAGACAGCACAGCGUAAGGACAAACCCCUCUACUCGCUCAUAGCCGGUACCACCGCUGGUGCUGUCGAAGGAUUCACCACCUACCCUAUUGAGUACACCAAGACCGUCUCCCAGUUCGCAGCCAAAGCGGGCGAAAAGGCGCCUGGACCUAUCACGAUCGUACGCAACACUAUCGCCAAGGAUGGUUUCAUCGGUCUCUACUCAGGGUGUGGUGCGCUGGUGACGGGCAAUGCGAUCAAGGCAGGUGUCCGAUUCCUCAGCUAUGACCACUUCAAGACGAUGCUCAAGGACGAAAAUGGCAAACUGUCUGGUCCGCGAUCACUUCUUGCCGGUUUGGGUGCGGGAAUGAUGGAAGCAAUCUUCGCAGUGACCCCAUCAGAGACGAUCAAGACCAAGCUCAUCGACGACGGUAAGAGAGCUGUUCCCAAGUAUCCGAGAGGCUUGAUUCCUGGUACAACAGCUAUUGUCAAAGAAGAAGGUAUCAGAGGUAUUUACAGGGGUCUAUUCCCUGUCAUGUUGAGACAGGGUGCCAACUCGGCUGUGCGCUUCGGGACGUACUCGACGCUCAAGAACUUUGUCAGUGGAAGCGCGCGUCCCGGCCAAUCAUUGCCCGGUGGAAUCACCUUUGGCAUCGGCGCCGUUGCCGGUAUUGUCACGGUCUACGCAACCAUGCCUUUGGAUGUGAUCAAGACACGAAUGCAGACGUUGGAAGCACGUACAAAGUACCGCAACACAUUCAACUGCGCCGCCGUCACAUUGCGCGAAGAGGGCAUUCUUGCCUUUUGGCGCGGAGCUACUCCCCGUCUUGCUCGACUGGUGCUCUCCGGUGGUAUCGUGUUUACCGUCUACGAGGAGAUCAUGAGCGUGCUCGGCGCCAAAACUAUGUAA